AUGCCAUUGAACUAUGUUGUUGACAAGACAACUUGUACAUCAAGCAGACAGUUUGUGGCCAUAACCGCGUCCCAGCGGAAACAGCUGGUGGUCAGCGCCGAUAUGGCAACUCUACCUCAAAAGUCAUCGGACUGUUUUGGUGCGGGCUACUCUAAUGAGUGUGGCACACCCCCUCCCGCCUCCCGCACCCCUACAUCACUAUACCCAGGCCCACCAAGUCCCCAAUCCCCACCCCAACCCCCCCACACACCCACCCCCCAUCCCCCCCCCCCCCCUCACCACCCCCCGCCCGCGCGCGCCCCCCCCCCCCCCACCCCACCCCCCCCACCCCCCCCGUCCCCCCCCACGCCCCAACCCCCAGACUCCCCCUCCCUCCCCCACCCCCUUCAGCCCCCCUCCCCCACUCCACCCCCCCCCCCCACCCCCCCGCCACACCCCACCCCACCACUCCCCCCACCCCCCAGACUCCACCCGCCACCCCCCCCCUCCCCCCACCCCCCCUUCCCCACACCCCCACCCACAACCCCUGUCCCCACCCGGACCCCCACACAUCCACCCCCCCCCCCUACACCCCACAACCCCACCCCCGUCACCCGCGCCCCCCUCCCUACCCCCCCACCCACCCCACCCCCCCCCCACACCUCCACUCCCCUCCCUCCCCAACCCCCCCACCCCCUACCCUCCCCCCCACACCCCCCCCUCCCCCCCCCCCGAUCCCCCCCACCCCCCUCCCCCUACAACCCCCCACACCCCGCCCCCCCCCCUAAACACCCCCCCCCUCCUCCCCCCCCCCCCACCCCCCAGUCGCCCCCCCCCCCCCACCCCCACCCCGCCCCCGCACACCCUCCCCACCACCCCCCCCAACCCACACCCCCCCCCCCACCCCCCCCCCCCCCCAACCCACCCCCCACCAGCCCCCCACCCCAACCACGACCACCCCCAACACCCCACCAGACCCCCUUUCCACACACCCCCCCCCCCCCACCCCCUCCCCCCCCCUCACCCCCCCCCCCCCCGCCCCCACCACCAGCCCACCCCCCCCCAGACCCCCCCGCACUAAGGCCCACCCCCACACCCCCUCCCCCCCCACCCCCCCCACCCCACCCCCCCGCCCCCCCCUCCCCACCCCCCCCCCCACACCCCCCGCCACCACCCCCUCCGCCCCCCCCUCCCCCCUCCCCC